UCAGCUGCAGGAAGAAACAGAAAAUGCAUGAGAAAGAAUGGUUGCAAAGUCUUAGAAUUAGUUGCAUGCAGUGCCGUUUUACGGAAAAACAAAAAAGCUGCAGUUUUUAGCAGAUAGCCAACUAAGAAACAAAGUGUUAAGGUACCCACAGACCUUCAGGCAUUUGUAAAAUCUUCACAGGGCCAAAAUACAAAAUUUCUCAGAACCGGGAAGAAAUUUAAUGACACCAGGCAAAUAUGCCAUAAAUUUUUUUGUAAGCACAUGAACUUUUGUCUUGCCAUAUAUGAUUUCUUGCUUAAAAGUGAUGUCUAAAACAACAAAAACCUCUAAAAACAGACAAGAAAAUUGAUAAGAACUGCAUUAUGACAGCAGUGCCUUUAAAUCAACUCGGGACCAAACUCUGAACUCAUAUUUUGGUGCUGCUGUCAGGUGCUCUCUUGACCUUGGUCAUACAAAACCUGGUUGCAUAGAACCAGGCCUCAUUCAUUGUGAGAAAACCAGCCCAGCGUAAGAAAAAAGCUUCCAGGUUUGUUUCCGAACUUAACCCACAUUGAUUUUUGUGAUCAAAAUCUUGUCUUUUUUCUUUCAUCUUCCUUUUCUUCAACUGAUUUUGGAAUCUGUAUGUUGAUGUUACCAAAAAGAUAGCAGGGUCUUAGCACAUUUUGGUGGAGGAAGGAAGCACAAAAUGGAUUCUUAUACUUCUUCUCAGUUCGUGUCACAAGAGGGUUUCAAACUGUUUCAUUCCAUUGACAGAGAUUUGUACACCAUCUUGGCAAUUCACCUCUGCAGGGACCCACUGGAGUCCAUGCAGGUCAUGGCCCUCUGGCUCUGGUUGGAGAAAGUUGGGUUCAAGAAUGCUGUGAAAAAGAUCCUAUCUUUACCUUUCAUUUUGAUCAAUGAGCUUGCAGAUGAGGCAGUGACAUGCCUCAACAUAAUCAAUGGCACCCAUUUUUCUUUACCAUUUGAGGCCAAUGACAUUCCUCUCCUCCAAAGCUUCAUGGAAAAAGAAGUGUCCCUCCAAUUUUUCCAUGAGAAUCAGCAAGCUGCAGCUCAAGGUGUCACCAAAGCUGCCAACAUUGUGUGCCUCCCAGCAUUUGAUGACAUUAUGAAGCAAGCCAUUGAGAUAAAUUUUUCCCAAAACUCAGCAGAUCACAGCCAGGUGAUUUUAUCAUCAUCAUCUUCUUCAUCUUCAUCUUCAUCUUCAUCUUCAUCUUCAAUUCAACAACAACAGCUACAAGCUUUGCCCCAAAUUCUGGUGCCACCAAACGAGAGGACCAUGUUUGUGACAUUCUCGAAAGGGUACCCAGUACAUGAGCAUGAAGUGAAGCAAUUUUUCACAGCAGCAUUUGGGGAUUGCGUCGAGUCUCUGCAGAUGCAAGAAGUGCAGCCUUUUGAACAAUCUCUGUUUGCUCGUGUGGUUUUCCACUCCGCAUCAACCAUUGAAGCCAUACUCAGUGGGGCGAGCAAGGCCAAAUUUACAAUCAAUGGAAAGCAUGUGUGGGUCAGAAGAUUUGUGCCAAAACGCGCAAGGUCUUUGCUUCCACAAAUGCCGUGGCAACCAAUUUCCCCUUUUGGGCCAUAGUUGUUUAGAGGGGUAAAUUUUGUAUGGUGAACGUGUGCUAAAAUAAACGAAAGUUUACCUUCUUACCUCUUAAGCAGAAGUUGUGCCCAUAUGACGAGUUAUAUUUUAAGAUUUGUACAUUCUUUGUGCAUAUUUUGAAUGGAAGGUCACAUUUGAUCAUUGGGAUAACACAAAAAAUGAUCCCAUUCAGGAUAGUAA